GAACACACCGAGCUUGUUGGGAAGCAGCAGGAGCUCGAAUCCCGUUGUGUUGCUUUGGCGAAAGGCUUUGUACGUACAAUACAACAGUGAAAACCGAAAGACGUUGAAAACACCAGAAGAACGCAUGAAAGCCCCCGUUUGACAGCCGAACUUCACCUUUUCCAAUUCAGCACUCUUUGAGCAGAUCUGGGCCAGAUGGACCAGCCAUCAGAGCUUGAGGUGAAAUCAUCUGGUGAUCAGGGUGAGAGCAGCAGUGGUCAGCUGGGGGACGAGGAGCUUGAUGGACUUCCUGUGUUUGGAACGGAUGAAGACGACUGGGAAGUAGACAGUAGUUUUGCUCAGAAGGCUUUCAGUCAGACUGAUGGAAACAGCAAUGAUAAGAAUGAUGCUGCAGCUACAGAAGAGAAUAGCUCCUCUGCCAAUGAAGAAAUGGAUGUGGAGACUGAGAGGGAGAAGGUUUCAGAGGACACCCGGGUCACCCCUUCAUCUGUUAUAGAUCUUCAAGAAGAAAUACAGUCUGAGCUUAGGAUCGAGUCAUCGCGAAGUGAUGCUAUUCCAGAGCCGCAUUUAGAAACCACAGACAGAGAUACAAGUUACUCACCUGUUAUAAGAAUUAAGGAUGAGCCUAUUGAUGAAGACUAUGAUAAAGCGUUAAUGCCAGAGUCAGACUUGAGCCGAAUUAAACAGGAGCUUGACGGGUCUGAUAAUAAUGAGACAGAGGCCUCCUCUGCAUCAGAUGAACUGAGGAUUAGCUCUGUUUAUUCUGUCAGUGGGAACAGCAGUGAUGCAGUUUCUGCAUCCGUGGCACCUUCCCAGCAGUCUUCCUUCUCAGUAAUCUCCCAGAGCGCUGCAUCACUCAGAGGAACCACUAUACUCCUGCCAGCCCAAGCCCAAACUCCACUUCAGCUCCAACUGCAGCAUAAGGCCCAGAUGCAUUCUCAAAUCCAGGCACAGGCUCGAAUGCAGCCACCCAUGAUGGCCCAGGCCCAGCUGCAGGCUGUUCCUCCUCAGCCGCCCCAGAUCCACGCUCCUCCACCCACAGUCAGGAUCUGCUGCUCGGGCUGCUCGAAGGUCCUCCAGAAGGGGCAAACGGCGUUCCAGCGAAAAGGCUCCAACCAGCUGUUUUGCUCCACCGUGUGUCUAACGAGUUUCAGUUUACCCUCGGUUCAGUUUACACCCAUCAUCGCCCCCAAGAAAACCUGCCACCUCUGCCUUAAGGUCAUUGUCAAUCUAAAGGACUUGAUUACCAUCCCUGUGGGCUCCAUGAACACACUAAAGGAAUUCUGCAGCCAGGCUUGUCUAAGUAUUUAUAGAGACCGAUAUGAAGAUGCACCUCCAGAUCUGUUCACACACUGCAAUGUCUGCAAGUUAGUCAAAGAGAUUCAGCAUGAAGUGACUCAUUUGGGUGCCGUGCACAAGCUGUGCAGCGAUGAAUGCUUUGCACGCUUCAGAUCCUCCCGAAACCUCUACAUGAGCUACUGUGAAAACUGUGGCAACUGUAAAGCCUCAGGAAACUAUCACCUGGUUCAGAUAGACGAUAGUAUUAAGAAGUUUUGCUGCGUCGAAUGCAUCGCCAAUUAUAAACAGAAGAGUGGCAAGCGGCUUCACUGUCCAUACUGCCAAGAUAUCAGAAACAUUGAUCAGAUGAUGGAGGGCACGAACAUACAGGGCGUCACUGAGUUCUUCUGCUCUCAGAGAUGUGUGGCUUUGAGUCAAGCAUCUCCCAGUUUGACAGGCACUGCUUUCCCAUGCACAUCUUGCAAGAAGGUUGUCAUUCCUCAGUAUCAUCUUGCCAUUUCUGAUGGCUCUAUCAGAAACUUCUGCUCAUUAGAUUGUGUGGGCAAAUUCCAGGAGAAGCUAAACUCUCCUGUGCCUCAUAAUCAGAUGAAUGGUACUUCACAUACACCCCAGCCCCAGAGUGCCGUUCCCCCUCCACCUCGUCCCACUGCUGACCAUCUCCAGCCCAUUCAAAACUCAUCCAGCACAAGCCACAAUCCUCCUCCUCCUCCUCCUCCUCUUCCACCUCCUCCACCAUUUGUACCACCAUCAAACCCAAAUCCAGUUCCCACAUACGUGCCUGCUCCUGGUGUGAUGAACUCGCAGGACACCCAGCAGCAGCAGCAGUGGCCGAGCAAACCUCCCUCGUCCUCAGACCCGAUGCGACUGACAUGCAGACAGUGCCAGAACCACUUCAGCUCCAAGCCUGAGGUCUUCCAGUUCAAGGGUCAUGCAGGUUUGUUCUGUUCGCGAGCGUGCUGUGACACAUAUAAGAAGGAAGGCAACGUAAAAGCUUUAUGCGAGUACUGCAAACUAGAGAAAGUGGUCAAAGACAUUAUUACAUACGAAAAACAGCCCAGAUCUUUCUGUUGUGAAGGCUGUAAACUUCUUUUCAAGCAUGAGCUUGCCAAACGACAUGGAGGUCAAUGCCGGGUUUGUGCCUACUGUCAAAACAUGACCCACAAAACCAUUCAGAACUUUUUUGGGGGGAAACUGGAGGAGUUUUGCACAGAGGAAUGCAUGUCGCUCUACACUGUCCUCUUUUAUGAGAUGGCCAAGUGUAGCGGCUGUAAGAAUCAGGGCUCGCUAAAGGAAAGCCUUGUCUGGGAUGGAGUCACAAGACACUUUUGUAACCUGUCCUGUUUGCUGCAGUUCUGUUCAAAGUGCAUUACACCUCAUCAGCCAUUGAGCAACGGUACUGUUUCUAACACCACUACAGUUCAAGCUCCGUUAUCUCUGUCAAAAGACAUGCCUGUAAUCGGUGGUGUGGUGUCACUGGCCUCCACAUUACCAGGGAAUACCGCUCUCACAGGAGCUCUGCCUACCUCAAAUGCCAGCUCAAAAAAUAUUGGCGAAGCUAGCACACAAACGGAUGCUGCAGUGGGUGCUAUUCCACAUCGAAGAAUGUUGAAGAACAAAGCUCUUAUGUGCAGACCUAUUACGGAAGAGCAGGGUGUCCAGUGUCAGCCAGAGCCGCCAGUCCCUCCAAACAUGUCUGAAAAAGUGAUUAAUGAAAACGGAGAGAUUGUGAGGUAUGUGCCUGUGCCGGUGCCUAUUCCGAUGCCAGUCUACAUCCCAGUGCCAAUGCAUCUGUACACCCAAUACACACCCUUCCCAAUGGGGUUCCCUCUACCGGUGCCCGUACCCAUGGUUAUUCCAGGACCUCAAGAUGCUCCUGAACAGAAAGACACUAAAUGCAGCCUGCCUGCACAGAGCUCGGUAGAAGAUGAUGAGCCGGAGAAGGGAAAAGACAAACCUGCGUCCCAUGACCAGGGCAGCACUUACAGUGGAGAUCUGGAGUCAGAGGCCCAAUCGACACCAUUAAGCUGGGCAGAAACUGAGGAUGCAGGAGCCAGCGUGAAGCCAGCGGUGCCAGCAACUGAAGCAGAGGAGCCGUCAGCUGAAGCUGAGGACCAUACGCCUCCAACCACCAAUUUGACAAAGGAACAGCCUGAUCUGGAAAAUGAUUUUCCUCUCACAACGGCUGACCCCGGAUCAGCAAAAGAGAACAGACUGGUGUUGACGCUGAAGAGACGUAAGAGGGGCAGAGAUGGCCACCCUCCUAGGAAAAGGGGUCGUAAGCGAUCUGGAACGGACACGUCGAGCAGUGUUUGGCUCAGUACCUCCAGCUCCAAGCUCAACCAAACGUACGGCGUUGAAGCCUGGGCCAGCUGGGUGCGAAUGAAAAGAGGCCACGCUGAGCAGGAGCAGCAGGCUCCAGAGCCCAUGACCAUGAAGGAGGAUGUGUUGCAGUGCUCGUCUGCAGAUCUCAGUUAUGGUCUGUGCCGCUUUAUCAAGGAGGUUCGCAGGCCGAAUGGAGAAGAAUAUCAACCCGACAGCAUCUACUACCUGUGCCUGGGCAUUCAGCAGUGCCUGCUUGAAAACGAGCGUCUUGAGAACAUCUUCACAGACCCACUGUAUAAUCAGUUCAUCACCGACAUCACCACACUGCUCAAGGACUGGGUCAACAAAGUGUCACCUGGAGGAUACAUGCACUCGCGGGUGGAGGAGGAAUACCUCUGGGAGUGUAAGCAGUUGGGAGCUCUGUCUCCUAUUGUUCUGCUUAACACGCUGCUGUUUUUCGGAUCCAAACUGCUCAACCUGAAAACGGUUGAAGAGCAUCGACGGCUCGCCUUUUCCAAUGUCUCCCACUGCUCCAAGACCACCAAAAGUGGCUUGACCUCUUACCUUCGCUUUAGGCUACCUAACAAAGAGGAGGAAAAAGAGAAGAAAUCACCAGCUGGGAAGAGGAAGAGAGAUGAAGAGAGCGUGGAGGAGGAGUUUUUGGAGAUGCCGGAGAAUGUGGAAAAUCCUUUACGCUGCCCUGUCAGACUCUAUGAGUUCUAUCUCUCCAAAUGCUCAAACUCUGUAAAACAGCGUCCAGAUCUUUUCUACCUGCAGCCUGAAGCAUCCUGCCAUCCCAGCAGCCCUGUGUGGUACUCAGCCCAGCCACUGGACAGCACCAUGAUGGAAAGCAUGCUAACACGUAUCCUAGCUAUACAGGACAUUCACCUGGACUCGAAACAUCAGCAAAAAUACCUGGACUCGUCAGACGAAGAGAGCUCUUAAUGUGAAUCUAUAAACUAGACAUUCAAUGACAUCUACUUAUUAUUUUUAUUCAGACCGGGAAUGGGAUGCAAACAGAAGCGUAUGAAAUUGUGCACAAGCUCAACAGACAUUCCUUAAGCCCAUCUAUCCUAUCAUGAAUGUUACAGACAGUUCAAAUGAACAUUUUUGGAGGGAAUCGUUUGGUUUUUAGUCACAGUAGACAUUGUUUCUCAGUAUUUAGUAUUAUUUAGUGAACGCAUUUUAAGUUGAAACAUUCAUCAUGUCAUUGUUGGUAACCUUUCAAAAAUAUAUAUAUGAAUUCUCA